CGUAGAAAGGGAGGUUGUCCACGCCAUAGAAAUCAUUCCAGGGAGUAAAACCCCAAAGGGAAGGAUCUAUAGGAUGGCUCCGGCCAAGUUGGAUGAACUUCGGCGACAACUGAAAGAGCUGACAGAGAAGGGAUGGAUCCGGCCGAGUACCUCCCCCUAUGGAUCGCCAGUACUAUUUGUACCAAAGAAGGGGGGUACAUUGAGGAUGUGCAUUGACUAUAGAGGCCUCAAUGCCAUCACAGUGAAGAACACGGAGCCUCUACCUCGCAUAGACGACCUAUUGGAUAGGGUGCAGGGAUGCAAGUACUAUAGCAAGAUAGAUUUAAAAUCCGGCUAUCAUCAGAUCGCAAUAAGACCUGAGGAUCAGCACAAGACUGCAUUUCUGACCAGAUAUGGUCUUUAUGAGUUUGUUGUGAUGCCUUUCGGACUUUGUAACGCGCCGGGUACAUUCCAGCACGCUAUGAAUAGGAUCUUUCAUGACCACUUAGAUAAGUUUGUCGUUGUCUACUUGGACGAUAUUCUUAUCUUUAGUAAGUCUGUCGAAGAGCAUGCAAAACAUGUUGAGACUGUACUUUCACUCUUGCGACAGCACAAGUAUAAGGUCAACUUAGAGAAAUGUGAGUUCGGACGCACUAAGAUCUUAUACUUGGGUCAUGAAGUAUCCGCGGAAGGGAUUAGGCCGGAAGAUGCGAAGGUGGCUAGUAUAAGGGACUGGCCACGACCUCAGACAGUUACUGAGGUCAGAUCUUUCUUAGGAAUGUGCGGCUAUUAUAGAAACUUUGUGAAAAAUUAUUCCACAGUCGCCUCUCCUUUGACAGAUCUAACUCGACUUGACACGCCGUGGGACUGGAGUGAUGAGUGCGAGGCUGAUUUCAAACGAUGGAAGCAUGCACUCAUGAAUCAUGAGGUCCUCAUGGUGCCCGAUCCUCAGAAGCCUUUCAUUGUAACCACUGACGCAAGCCAAUACGGCAUUGGCGUAGUGCUGGCUCAGCAGGAUAGGAAGAAGUUGAGACCGAUUGAGUACAUGAGCAAGAAAAUGCCAUCAAAGAAAUUGGCAAAGUCCACCUACGAAAGGGAACUCUAUGCUCUUUACAAAGCCCUUGUCCAUUGGAGGCAUUUCCUGUUGGGAUGGUCUUUCUACUUGAGAACCGACCAUCUGACCCUCAAAUGGAUCAAGACUCAACCGGCUCUCUCUGAUGCACUCAAGCGAUGGAUUGAGGUCAUAGAUCAAUAUGACUUCAAGCUAGAGUAUCUGAAGGGAGAAUACAACAAGGUUGCAGAUGCGUUGUCCAGUAGAGCAGACUACCUAGGGGCGCUAGUUUAUGAGUUUGAUAUAUCUUUGAAAGUAACUCAAUCGUUGGUGGAAGCCUAUCAGGAAGACCCUAUCAUGAUGGACAUCGUACACAAACUUCAGGCAAAAGACAAGGCCACAGAAAGUGAGUUUGUGAUGGCGGAUGGGUUACUCUUUCUUGAUAAGGCUCGGUGUAAAAGGUUAGUAGUUUCAUCAAGUGAGAGUUUGCGUAGUUUAUUUCUAGGGGAAUGUCACGACGCAACUGGACACUUCGGCUACAAAAAGACGAGUGUUAAUCUAGUACAACGAUUUUGGUGGCCUGGAAUGUUAGAUGAUGCAAAGAAGUAUGUAGAGACCUGUCAGGUCUGUCAGCGGGACAAGCCGCGAACUCAAGCACCGCUUGGGUUGCUGAAGCCCUUACCUAUCCCUGCUGGUCCAGGACAGAGUGUUUCCAUGGAUUUCAUGGACACCCUGGUGACCAGUAARAGUGGCAAGAGGCACAUCUUCGUCAUCAUCGAUCGAUUCACCAAGUACGCUAGACUAGUUGUCAUGCCAGAGACCACAAGGACUGACGACGUCAUCAAGUUGUUUAUGUACAACUGGGUGCGUGACUUUGGACUACCAAAGUCAAUCGUUAGUGAUAGAGAUGUCCGAUUCACAAGUGAGCUGUGGAAGAAGACUGCUGAGCAGAUGGGCAGUCAACUUCAAAUGACUUCAGGGAAUCACCCCGAAGCCAAUGGACAAGCCGAGCAGAUGAACCGAGUUGUACAACACUUGCUGAGGCAUUACAUGAAGCCCAACCAGGAUGACUGGGAUGAGAAGUUGCCACUCAUCGCCAACCUGUACAACAAUGCUGUACACAGCAGUACCGGCGUCAGUCCUAAUCAGCUGCACUUGGGAUGGAAGUCUAGAUCAGCUCUAGACUUCCUCCUACCUGAAAACCGAUCCUCUGCAACUCCGGGCACACUUGAGUAUGGUGUGCAAUAUGAGAAGUUGUUGCAGCAAGUUGUCGAGCACAUCAGGAAAUUUCAGCAAACAAUGAUUGCUUCUGAGAACAAACACCGUCGGCAGUCCUCAUUUCAGGUAGGGAAACGUGUCUGGGUCAAGGCUAGUGAGCUAGGACAGGAAUUCGGGAUCUCUUGCAAACUAAUGCCUCAGUACUUUGGUCCAUGGGAAGUCCUGGAUAUAGUUGGGGAUGAGAUGGAUGGUCCUACCUAUGUUUUCCGCAUCCCUGGUCACCUACGCACUCACCCUGUCUUUCAUGCCUCAAAGCUUGCACCUUUCGCUAAGACAGAUCAAUUCCCUUCAAGGAGAUCGAUGCUGCCCCCAACCAUGGAUGAUCAAGUGGACAUCGACGACAUUGUGGAUCACAGAGACCUGCCUGUUCCAAAGCCACUGGGUAGAGGACGACCUCCUAAAUCCAAGAGAGAAUAUCGCGUCAGAUUCAGGCAUCAUACGGAUCCAAGAGAAGAUCGGUGGUUCACCAGAGAGGAACUGAUUGCCACAACUCCUCAAGUGGUGGCAGAGUAUGAAAGAAUGUUGAAAGGAAAGCGUGGCAGUCCUCCAUCUGAGACUGCAUCAGCAUCAGCAGUUGAGCCAGCCGUUCUUGCCCUGGUUGAGAACCUUGCUGCCAUCUUUAAGGGAAAGACGGGCAACAACAGCAGCAAGGGCUCAGCCAGCCAGAAGGGGAAAGAGAAGGGACGUGCCUUUUCCCCUUAGGCCCAGAGAGCUAACCUACCACGAGACGUCCAUUUGCGA